AUGCAGUCCAACAUGAUGGCUUCGUCUUCAGAGGACGGUUCUCAACAGCCGCGACGCUUACCGGUCAAUCCACGCCGGCACAAAGUCGCGCCAGAGCAGCGGAAACGCGUCGUGAGGGCAUGCAACCGCUGUAACUCCCAACGCGCGCGGUGUUCGGGAGAGCAGCCCUGUCAAAGAUGCAGCAGCAGCUCGCGGGCGUGCGAGUAUCCUGCCCCCGAACCGGAUAAAACCAUAGUGAAAAACGAGUUGGACCGCCUGCAAAAGCGAUGUGCUGCGCUCGAAAAAACCCUUCACGCCGCAUUGCCAGAUGAGGCUGCGGAUCUGAUUUGCCGGGUUGAUCAAGGCGAGCCCGUGACGCGCUCCACAGUUCAGGCGUUGCGAGAUGCACUAUCAGAGAGUGAGGAAGCCAAAAAGACAGAGGGCGGUUUCCUUGUGGACGGUGAGAAAAUCAUGAGAUUCCUAGGCGGGACUUCUGGCGCGACCUUCCUUGAUCAUCUGAAGCGGUUCAUGCGACGGCUGGUCACUAUGAAUUAUGAACCUGAGACGCCUGCAGGCUCCUCAUUCCUCGCGUCAUUAGGCAAGUAUCAAACCUUCGACUCACGUCCACUUCCGAACCCAGACGUGAACACUUCGUGGUUACCUGCUCGGGCAGACAUGCGACUUAUGCUUGAUGAGCUGCGUGAGUACGUCCAGGAUGGCAACGGCAAGUUCUUGUCAGGGGGCAUUCACUGGUGGGGCCACCAAAUGAGUUUGUUGCCGCCGCAUGGGACCAACUCGGCUUUGCUGAGCACUAUGACGACCGACGACACACAUCGCAAUCUGGCUUUCUACCAUGUUUGUUUUGCGCUGGCGUCGUCCGUUGGCCAUACUCCCUUCAGAUAUACGGAACAGCACGCCGGAGAGGCGUACUUCACACGCGCACGGAAACUUCUAGGAAACCCCUUGGACAAUGUUCGGUAUACGCUUGACGAUGUGCCAGUCUUAGCGCUCAUGGGCUUUUACCUGAUCGAACUUAAUCGGAGGGAUACAGCGUACAUGUAUGUGAGCCUAGCAGUCCAUAUUGCUAUCAUCAAUGGCGCGUUUGGGCAAUACAGUAGUGAAACUAACAAGCGUGUAAUAUGGAACCUCUACAUCAUGGACAGAUGGCUGAGUGUACUGAUGGGGCGACCUCCAACGAUAGAAAACGAGGCUAUCAAACUUCCACGGCCUUGUGACGCUGACUCGAUGCCGUCGGCCGCAGGUCUUUGCGCGCAUAUAGAUCUUGCGAGGAUAUCUGGCUUUAUUGUCUGCGAGACCUACCAGAUCGCAGCUCGCGACGGACAAUCCAAGUAUUCAACAAAAACCGUCGACACGGCAUUAAAAAUGCUCGAUGAUUGGAAGUCGCAGCUUCCAUCCGUAUUGGAAACCCCUGACGACCAGGAUUCGGCCUGCUGCACAUUGCAUAUGGCACAGAAUCAACUAAUUGUGCUCACAACCCGGCCAAUCUUCCUCGCUGCCGUGGAAGAAACCAUCAACGAGCGCACUGAAGGUCGCUAUUGGUCAAUCGAGCGGCACACGCACCGUAGCUAUCUGCAGGCCUGCUCCGCGGCGGCGCAUAGAAAUCUGAUAUUGGCCCAACGCACGCGGCCACCAAGGAAGUUCCUACAGGCUGGCUUGCACUUCGUCUUCAAUGCCGCUGUCAUAUUGCUCCUGGAUCGUCUUCUUCACUGCACUCAGGGCCAACAUACGCGGCUUUACAAUGGCCAUACGACACCAAUGCCGUCUGGUGAAGAUCUUCAUGCCCCCGAAAUAAAAUUCGCCAUAUGUGUCUUUGAGCAAGCGUCUAAGACUGGGACGAAUUAUCCCCGGGACUGCUACAGGAUUCUGCAAGAUCUGAGAGCUCUGAUUGACCACCAUUUGUCGCCAAGUCAGCUGGACCUUCAACAAGGCAUUAUCACUGGUCGUUCUCGCAACCAUGCAGCGCUACAGGUUGGCGCCGACCAAUUCCUCGGACCGCCGCCGUCUGCUCAGCGAGCUUUUUCCGGCGACAAUCAUGUGGAUCGAGAGAGGAUGACAUGGGUUCAGAGGGACAGUGUCAAAUCAGAGGGCCGCCUAUUGAUUUAG